CGCCCUCUUCCCGCGCGCGUGUUUUUUGCUUCGCUCGCCAUGAGCCGGGGGUGUUGCAAGCCUUUCCGAGCGGCCGUGGGCCUCGGGGUCGCCGGGCUGGCCUGCCUCGUCUUCGGGGUCGUGAUGAUCGUCAUGCUGCCCAGCAUUCUGCGGGCACAGGUGAUCAAGAAUGUGAAGCUAGAGCCCAACAGCAUGACAUUCAACUUGUGGAAAGAAAUCCCAGUGCCAUUCUUCAUGUCCAUCUAUUUCUUUGAGGUGGUGAAUCCGAACGACAUUCUAAAGGGAGCCAAGCCAGUGGUGAGGCAGCGGGGCCCAUACGUGUACAGUGAGCGCAGAUAUAAAGACAACAUAACUUUCCACGACAAUGGUACGGUCUCCUUCUUGGGAUGGCGAGAGCUCUUCUUCCAUCCAGAUAAAUCAAAUGGGUCGGAAUCGGAUUAUGUUGUUGUACCGAAUAUCUUGGUAAUGGGAGCAGCAAUGAUGCUUGAGGAUAUGCCACUCGCCUUGAAGCUGACCGUCAGCAGUGCCUUUGCCUUCUUCAAGCACAAGGCUUUCAUGAACCGCACAGUCGAGGAUAUCCUGUGGGGAUACGAGGACCCACUCAUCGACUUCCUGGACAAGAUCAAGCCCGGCUUGUUUCCAGGCAAAGGGAAAUUUGGUUUAUUUACUGAAUUGAACAACUCCAAUUCAGGACUGUUCACGGUGUACAGUGGCAUGGACAACGUAACUGAAACCCAAAUGGUGGAUAACUGGAACGGCUUAAAAAAGGUGUCAUACUGGAAUUCUGAGCAAUGCAACAUGAUCAAUGGGACUGCUGGGGAAAUGUGGCCCCCAUUCCUGACCCCUUCCUCACCUGUGGAGUUCUACAGUCCUGAUGCUUGCAGAUCCAUGAAACUAGACUUCGUUCAAACUGGAGAAUUCAAAGGCAUACCUUCGUACCGCUAUCAUGCACCGAAGACCAUGUUUGCCAACGGGACAGACUAUCCACCCAAUGAAGGCUUCUGUCCAUGCCGUCAGUCCGGAAUCCAGAACGUCAGCGCUUGUCGAUCAAAUGCACCAUUGUUUAUUUCAAACCCUCACUUCCUGUAUGGUGACCCAGCACUGUUGGACACAGUAGAUGGCUUGCAUCCUAAUGAAGAGGAACACAGGCUUUUCCUUGAUUUGAACCCGUUGACUGGAGUUCCUCUAAACUGUGCCAUCAAAAUGCAGCUGAACCUUUUCAUAAAGCAAGUCCCUGGCAUACUGCAAACAGGAACGAUUAAACCAGUUGUGUUGCCUUUACUUUGGUUUUCAGAGAGUGGACAGAUUGAAGGUCAUAUUUUGGACGAGUUCUAUACCAAUCUGGUACUGAUCCCUUCUUUAAUAGAAUACGGACAGUACAUCCUGGUUGCCCUUGGAGGUGUCCUACUUAUUACUUCUGCCCUACUUGGACUCAAGAGCAAGCGAGACACUACAGCGAAAACUUCACGAAGACCUAACCUCCAGGACGACGCUUCGGAAACUUCUCCGCUUCUGCAAGAAGGCUCUAGCACAGUAGACCACGGUCAUGUGUCUAAGACAUGACAAAACUCGGCUCCUCUUUGACUCCUGGUGAGAUUUAACCAAUAUUAAAAGGAGGAGUGGUUGAAGGAGAAUGAAAACCUCUUUCACAAGCCGCAAGCUCAUGGCGAGAGACGAAGAAGCUCGCUCACUUUGAAGACCAACAGAGGGAACAUGGCAGCAAGGCUUUUUCCAUCAUUGUUAUUCCCAUCUAAUGCGAAGCGAUGAUUGAGCAUGACUCUUCUCUUUUAUUGACGGCACCUCACCUCUUCUGUCCCAGCCUCACCCCUUUCAUAUUUUCUGAAGCCUAAAGGCAAGGUGUUGUUUUUUUAAAAAAAUAGUUCCUGGAUAGUCAGAUGUGAAAGUUAUAUUUCUGGUGGUUACCUCUCUUUGUGGGCUCUGGAAGAGCCAUGGCUCUAAACUGCCCUAGAAUUUUGGUUGAACAGCUGUGCUAAUAGCUACAAGCUACACCCCACCCCUCUCCUUCUUUAUAAGAUGCUUCCGUACAUGCACUGGGUGUCCACCGUACUUCCACACACUCCUUCCCACGGCAGCCAUCGAAAGCUUUUUUAAACCUCAGGGACAACUCUGAAGCAGUGUUGAGCACAGCAGUUGAGGGCGAGGGGUGGUAGGGAGAGAGAUCAUGAAAACGUCAUCUGAAAGCUCUUUAGAAAGAUGUGAGAAUCUCCUUUUUUUAACCCAAUCCCUAGUUAAUCCCUUAGAACACUUUGCACUCUUCCAAAAAUAGCCAUAUAAAUGCGAUCAUUUUGUAUAUUUUCUUUUUUAAAAACAACAACAACCCCCAAAACCUGGCUGGUGCAUUUGGCCGUCACCCAAAACACAUCCGUGUGCAUGCACUGAACUAGUUUUAAUGGGUUGCCUGGAACAGAAAAGGCCUCAGUUCUCAUUUCCAGAUAAGGGCUGCUGAGGGUUUUGGUGCUUACCUGAUCUUACAUUUGGGGAGAAUUGGGGUAGGAGGCAGGUUGUACCUCGAGGUUCUUCCAGGGAUGGGAACAAGGCGUGGCACAAUCCGUCUGGCUUUGUUUCCUGCCCCAAGAUGACCCCAAAGUUCAAACUGCCGAGAAACAACCUGCAUUUCUAGCUCCCUGUUGGGGCUUUGCACUUGCCACUUUGUUCCUGUGCUGGUACUGGACAGGGGGGCUGUUUUUAAAAACUUCCCAAACUCUGCACUGUCUCCUCUCGCUUCCGCUCUGAAUUGUAUGGUGAAAAAUUCCAACUGAGAAAAAUUAAAAUACUGAAUCUUUUGAAGUGGGUCUUAAGUGUGUUGUUGUAGACUUGAAGCAGAAGGAGAUAAUUGCUUUGGUACACAGCUAUCAAAAGUAUGUGUGUUAGGGGGAAGAUUUUGCAAAUAUUGGCUUGUUUUAUUUAUUUAUUUCAUUUAAAUCUCACCUUUUUUCCUCUUGCAAGAAACCCAAGGCGGCUUACAUGGUCCUCCUCUCCAUUUUAUCCUCACAACAACCCUAUGAGGUAGAUUAGGCUGAGCAGUGACUGGCCCGAAGUCACCCAGUGAGCAUCAUGGCCAAGUGGGGACUAGAACCUGGAUCUCCCGAGUUGGAUGCUAUAACCACUACACCACACUGACUGUUGCAAUAAUGGUGUGGAGGGUCUAAUUUUGUUUGAUUCAUUCAGGCAUUGCAUUAAGCCAGGAAUCCUGGCUUAAUGAACCAUGAUUCGAACGAGCACCUCACUGGUGCAGGCAGCCCAUUCAUUCCACUUUGCAUGAGCGACUAAAUGAACCAGGAAGGGAUAGGUUCACAUCAU